UAGUGGAGAAAUUACAGUCUGGAGUAGUGACGUUUGCAGUCCUCCCCCCCUGUAGAAAGUUGACGUUGCUGGAGGUGGAGAAUCGCGCUUCACUCACUCGCGAUCACCACGAGGACCAGUACAGUCGCACACUCGCCCGCCGUGUUCAAUAAUAACUCAAAAUGUGUGACGACGAGGUAGCCGCCCUGGUUGUGGACAAUGGCUCUGGCAUGUGCAAGGCCGGUUUCGCCGGGGACGACGCUCCCCGUGCUGUCUUCCCAUCCAUCGUGGGCCGACCCCGCCAUCAGGGCGUGAUGGUGGGCAUGGGCCAGAAGGACUCGUACGUAGGUGACGAGGCACAGAGCAAGAGAGGUAUCCUCACCCUCAAAUAUCCCAUCGAGCACGGUAUUGUCACCAACUGGGACGAUAUGGAAAAGAUCUGGCAUCACACUUUCUACAAUGAACUGCGUGUUGCCCCAGAGGAGCACCCCGUCCUGUUGACAGAGGCUCCCCUCAACCCCAAGGCCAACCGUGAAAAGAUGACCCAAAUUAUGUUCGAAACAUUCAACACUCCCGCCAUGUACGUCGCUAUCCAGGCUGUGCUCUCCCUGUACGCUUCCGGUCGUACCACCGGUAUUGUCUUGGACUCUGGUGAUGGCGUGUCACACACUGUUCCUAUCUACGAGGGAUACGCCCUUCCCCAUGCUAUCCUGCGUCUGGACUUGGCUGGACGUGACCUUACUGACUACCUGAUGAAGAUCCUGACUGAGCGUGGCUACACCUUCACUACCACUGCUGAGCGAGAAAUCGUUCGUGACAUUAAGGAAAAGUUGUGCUAUGUUGCCCUCGACUUCGAGCAGGAAAUGACCACUGCUGCGUCGUCCUCCUCCCUAGAGAAGUCCUACGAACUUCCCGACGGUCAAGUUAUCACCAUCGGUAACGAGAGGUUCCGUUGUCCCGAGGCUCUCUUCCAGCCUUCCUUCCUGGGCAUGGAAUCCUGCGGUAUCCACGAGACCACUUACAACUCCAUCAUGAAGUGUGACGUAGAUAUUCGUAAGGAUCUGUAUGCCAACACAGUGCUGUCCGGCGGCACCACCAUGUACCCAGGAAUUGCCGACAGGAUGCAGAAGGAAAUCACUGCCCUGGCACCAUCCACCAUGAAGAUCAAGAUCAUUGCACCCCCAGAGCGCAAGUACUCUGUAUGGAUCGGCGGUUCCAUCUUGGCUUCCCUCUCCACCUUCCAGCAGAUGUGGAUCAGCAAGCAAGAAUAUGACGAGUCGGGCCCAUCCAUUGUCCACAGGAAGUGCUUCUAAAUUCCUAUCCUUCAUUUAGGUUAAAUGUACAUGAUUUAGGAUAUCCAUUUUUACAUUAUUCCAUUAGGAUAAGGAUUAUGUUUAUUUAAAAGGAAUAAAAUUGAUUUCUACAAUA